UGGCUCCACCCACCUACCUCCUUACAGACGAUCAGCUUACGGAAGUACCUGCGUGUAUGUGUGUGUAAUCGUGUGUAACGUGUGAUCUGGGGUAUUUCUUCACCUGCCCCACACAUAUGACUGACUCUGAUUUAAAUUGUCGGGAAGAUGAGCGGACAUCCGCCGCAGAGGCGACAGACUAACGCGAGCUCCAGGCUGCUGUCAGGACCGGAGAACGACACACUGUUUGUUCACCUGGGCAGGAAAUGUUCUUCUUUGGCAUCCGCCGUGGUGCAGGUCUACGCAGCAGACGGAAACUCAUCCUGGACCAAAAAAUGCUGUGGUGUGGCCUGUCUGGUGAAAGACAACUUUCAGCGAUCGUACUUUAUCAGGGUAUUGGAUAUCAAAGAUGGCCGAACCUUGUUUGAGCAGGAGCUCUACAACAACUUUGUAAUGAACAGUUCCAGACCCUACUUCAUGACCUUUGCAGGAGAUAACUGUCAGAUUGGACUCAACUUUGCAGACGAGCAAGAAGCCAAGCAAUUCAGAGUAGCGACCAACGACUUGACGUCAAGAAGAAAUCGGAAAACCGAAAGAAGAGCCGAGCCACCAAAUGUCGCAGAACCUACACUGCCGAUGGCAACGGUGGACAUCAGGAACACUGAGAUCAACAACACUCGACAUACCAACAAUUAUCAAGGCAACAAUAACCUCCCCAGCAACUUCAGACGAGAUAAGGCCAAAGGCAAAAACAAAAAGAAGAAAAUCUCAAAGUCUGAAAUUGGCUUGCCCAGCAACUUCAGGCAUGUUGGACAUGUAGGCUGGGAUCCUAACACAGGAUUUGAUGUUAAUAAUCUAGACCCAGAACUGAAGAACCUGUUUGACAUGUGCGGUAUUUCUGAAGUCCAUCUAAAGGACAAGGAGACGUCAAAAGCCAUAUAUGAUUUUAUUGAGAAAAAAGGAGGAGUGGAGGCUGUAAAGAACGAGUUUCGUAGACAAGCCCCUCCCCCUCCUCCCUCUCGUGGUGGUCCUCCCCCACCUCCACCCCCUUCCCGUGGACGAGGAGCUCCACCUCCGCCACCUCCAAUCAGAGCUCCUGCUUCUGCUCCUCCUCCUCCUCCUCCUCCUUCUAGACCGGGCAUAGGAUUCCCACCUCCUCCUCUUCCAAGCCGAGGCCCCCUUCCACCUCCACCCAUGCCUGCCUCCAUGGCUCCACAGGCUCCACCUCCUCCACCUCCCCCACUCUCUGCCGGAGGAGCAGCUCCUCCUCCUCCUCCUCCACCACCACCUCCACCCCCAGGACCACCUCCACUCAAUCUCGCUCUCCCAGGAUCUGGUUCAGAGGGAAGGUCUGGGCUCCUGGACCAGAUCAGAGAGGGGACGGCGUUGAAGAAAUCAAGAGAACAAGAGAAGUUGGAAACAGACGGAGGUGGACGAGGUGCACUUUUAGACCAAAUUCGACAGGGCACCAAGCUCAAAACAGUAACAGAUGGUCCUGAACCGGCACAAACAUCUCCUGACCCUACAGCAGGGAUAGUGGGAGCUUUGAUGGAUGUGAUAAAGAAGAGGAGCAAAGCCAUUCACUCUUCAGAUGAUGAUGAUGAUGAUGACGACGACGACUUUGAGGACGAGGAAGAGUGGGAAGAAUAACAGCCCUUUCUUCCUUCAGCUGAACACACUAAAGUGACACUAAACUGUUUUCUGUCUCUAAUUUGUACUUUGAUUGCCGUGUACAUGGUUCUCUCUUUACUUUUCUCUUCCUCUGAACUUUUCUGUGCAUCUGAAAAGGCUUGCCGUGUUUUAUUUUACUCAAGGUUUCUUUUUUCUUUGUUUCGUUUCCUUUCUGUUUUUUUCUUUUGCUCCAUCUUUUACAGACAAGAAGUCGACGGAACUUCUACUAGACACACAAACACUAUUUUCAUACAGCAUUCUUUUGUACCUCACGUUUUCUAUAUACAGAUUCUAGUGUGGUGUCAUUAUUUUCGUAAAAGUUUGAAUUGUAUAUUUUUACAUACAUUAAAGAGGAAAUCUUCUAUGUGAACCGAGAGAAAUAUCAGAGAUAUGCGAAAUAACAUUAUCAUGCUUGAGGAUUUAUUGCACCAUCAGUUGCUAUAGCAAUUGUACUUUAUGGUUCUGGUUCUCUUUCUUUUUUUCUUUUUUUUUAAUUGACCCGAGACCCAGAUAUAUUUUAUUUCUGAUAUUCUGAGAAUUGUUGCUUUAUUGUAGUCAACUCGGUAAGCGUAUAUUUAAUAAUAAACUAAAUGCAAACUUUUAUCACACUAAUGACAGAUAUGCCGUGAUGCUUUACUAAUUUCUCAUCGAGAUCCGUCAUUAAACUGACUACAGGCUAAAUGCAAACUUUUUACCUUUUGAUUUGUCUAAGAUUUAUGUUUGUAUCAGGAAACAGUGGAAAUUGGAUGUGUUGAGAUGAGAGAUAUUAAAUCGUGCACUCGGAUAAAUGUCAA